GGCGGCCGGUGGGUGUGGGAGGGGGAUCUGCGCGCUAGGGGUCCGGGGCCGGAGUGGAGCCAGCUGCGGGCGGCGGGUGUAGGAGGGGGACUGCUGCACACCCCGAUAGGGAGUCCGGGAGUUCGGAGUGGAGCCGACCGCGGGCGACGGGGAGCGGGUGUGGGAACUGAUCUACACGCCCCGCGCCCGGAUAAGGGAGUCCGGGAGCCGGAGUAGAACCGACCGCGGGCGGCGGAAAGCGGGUGUAGGUUGGGGUUUUCGCGCCCCGCAAAGGUGGCCUGGGGGCCGGAGUGAAACCGACCGCAGGCGGAGGGGAGGAGGUGUGAGAAGGGGUCUACGCGCCCGGCGUCCGGCCGUGAAGUCCGGAGUGGGUCCGGCUGCGGGCUGUGCGCUCGCCGUGGAGGGGCGAGGCGAGGCGGGCGCGGGGCAUCCAAGACGGGAAUGCGGGCGCGGGGGCCUCGGGUGAAGGGCCCGGGUCGGGGGGUUCAGGCGCGGGAGCGCUGGGCAUUGGGGUUUCGGAGGCAAGGAAUCCAGUAGCGGGGGCUUCGGGCACGGGCGUCCGGGUCGGCCGGUUGUUGAACGCGCCUUCCUCCCACCUGUCCGGCAGGUGCGGCCGCUUGAACCAUGGUGAUCAUGUCGGAGUUCAGCGCGGCGGCCGCGGGCUCAGGCCAGGGCCAGCAGAAGCCCCUCCGGGUGGGCUUUUACGACAUCGAGCGAACCCUGGGCAAAGGCAAUUUCGCGGUAGUGAAGCUGGCCCGGCACCGAGUCACCAAAACCCAGGUUGCAAUAAAAAUAAUCGAUAAAACAAGAUUAGAUCCAAGCAAUUUGGAGAAAAUAUAUCGAGAGGUUCAGAUUAUGAAGCUUUUGAACCAUCCUCAUAUCAUAAAACUUUAUCAGGUUAUGGAAACCAAGGACAUGCUUUAUAUUGUCACCGAGUUUGCAAAAAAUGGAGAGAUGUUUGAUUAUCUGACCUCCAAUGGGCACCUGAGUGAGGAGGAAGCACGGAAGAAGUUCUGGCAGAUCCUGUCGGCCGUGGAGUACUGCCACAGCCACCACAUUGUCCACCGGGACCUCAAGACCGAGAACCUGCUGCUGGACAACAACAUGGACAUCAAGCUGGCAGAUUUUGGAUUCGGGAACUUCUACAAGUCAGGAGAGGCCUUGUCCACGUGGUGUGGGAGCCCCCCGUAUGCCGCCCCGGAGGUCUUUGAAGGGAAGGAGUACGAAGGUCCCCAGCUCGACAUCUGGAGCCUCGGGGUUGUGCUGUACGUACUGGUCUGCGGCUCACUGCCCUUCGACGGGCCCAACCUGCCCACCCUGCGGCAGCGCGUACUGGAGGGCCGCUUCCGCAUCCCCUUCUUCAUGUCCCAAGACUGCGAGUCCCUGAUCCGCCGCAUGCUGGUGGUGGACCCUGCCAAGCGCAUCACCAUCGCCCAGAUCAAGCAGCACCGGUGGAUGCAGGCGGAGGCCGCGCUGCCGCAGCCCCCCUCCCUGGCCUUUGCCGCGCACAACUACAACUCCAACCUGGGCGACUACAACGAGCAGGUGCUGGGCAUCAUGCAGAUGCUGGGCGUUGACCGGCGGAGGACCGUGGAGUCACUGCAGAAUAGCAGCUACAACCACUUCGCGGCCAUCUAUUACCUCCUCCUGGAGCGCCUGAAGGAGUACCGGAGCUCCCAGCCGCCAGCCCGCCCAGGGCCCACCCGGCAGCCCAGGCCCAGGAGCUCCGAUCUCAGCGGUUUGGAGGUGCCCCAGGAGGGCCUCACUGGUGACCCCCUCUGCUCGCCCCUGCUAUGCCCGCAGCCCCAGACCCUGGCACAGUCCGUCCUGCAGGUUGAGAUGGACUGUGACCUCAGCACCUCACUGCAGCCCUUGUUCUUCCCGGUGGAUGCCAACUGUGACGGAAUGUUCCGGUACCGCUCCGUCUCCCCCAGCAGCGUGCUUGACACAGCCAUCAGCGAGGAGGCCAGGCACGGCCAGGGCCUGGAGGAGGAGCUGAAGGCGCAGAAGCCCCUACCGAGCAGCACGGGCCGACGGCACACGCUGGCCGAGGUCACCGCCCACUUCUCCCCACACACCCCUCCAUGCAUUGUCAUUUCGUCCUUCUGUGCCACAGCAGCCGGCCCAUCCGAAGGAACCAGCUCUGACAGCUGCUUGACUUUCUCGGCAAGCGACGGCCCCGCGGGGCUCAGCAGCGUGGCCGCCCAGGGGCUGGGGGGCACCUGCUCGCCUGUCCACGUGGCUGCGCCGUGCCUGGGGGCCCAGUCCGCCACCCCAGUCCUGCAGGCACAGGGGACCCUGGGCUGCACUGUCCCGCUCCCUGUCAGCUUCCAGGAAGGACGGAGGGCCUCGGACACCUCGCUUACCCAAGGGCUGAAGGCUUUUCGACAGCAGCUGAGGAAGAACGCCAGGACCAAAGGGUUUCUGGGGCUGAACAAGAUCAAGGGGCUGGCCCGCCAGGUGUGUCAGGCCUCCUCCUCCAGCCGGGCCCCGCGGGGUGGCCUGAGCCCCUUCCCGCUCCCUGCACAGAGCGCUGGCCCAUACGGCAGCGGGGGCAGUGGCCGGGAGAGCCGGAACCUUCUGGAAGAGGUGCUCCACCAGCAGAGGCUGCUCCAGUUACAGCACCACCCGGCGGCCCAGCCCGGCUGCCCACAGGCGCCCCCGCUGCCCCAGGCUCCCUAUGUCCUCGCCCCGUGUGACAGCUCUGGCGUCCCUCCACUCUCCAGCACUCUCCUGGUGUCGGGACUUCAGAAGGAGCUGGUGCUGGGGCCUGGCCCGCUCCUGCCACCCCAUCUCUUCCGGGCUGCUGCCUCCCCCACGGCCUCAGCGGCCCAGCUUCUGGACGCCCACCUGCACAUCAGCUCCACCGCAACACCCCUGGCCCCCGCCGUGACCCCACAGCCCCGCUUCGCUGUGCUGCCCCCCGGAUUCGAGCCCGCUGGGCUGGUGCAGGGAGACUGCGAGAUGGAGGAUCUGACCGCGGGCCAGCUGGGCACCUUCGUGCUCGUGCAGUGAGGGCGCACACCCAGCUCCCGCUGGCACCCGCCGCCACCGACUCUUCGAAGCAAUAAUUUCAGAGUAUGUGAAGACGUUUUCAGACUCAAAGCCAAUAACUUUCUGGAAGCGAAACAAGCAAUACGUUAGGUGUUUGGGCUUUUUCGUUGAUUUUUCAUCUGCUUUCCUUUUUUCUUGCACUGAACAAUUUUGAGUAUGAGUAGGGACUGGAAACUUCCAGAAGAAAAAUAAUAACCGAGGGGGUGUGUUGUUGGGGUGGGUGGACGGGCAGGGCGGGGAAAGAGGGAAGGCUGGGAUGGAGGGAGGACGGGGCUCUGCUGGUCCGGCCCUUGCCUACCGUGAGUGGGGGCGACUUUGGAGAUGGCAGUGUGGGGCUGAAACAGGGGCGCCGUUGAGCACGGGCUCAUGGAAGGGUGUGGGGUGGUUACCUCUGAGGAGAUGGUGGCAUGAACCAUGCGUCCAUGGGACAGAAGUGGGCGUCGCUGGGCAUGUGUGCACGUGGGCGCACGUUGGUUGUAUCUUUUUUUUUUAGGUAGGUCACAAUCCUACAUUUCCUGAAACAUUUAUGCUUUAAAUGAAAACUGUGAACUUUCUGCUUCAUCUGUCAGUUUUUGAAAAGCUCAAAUAGCCCAGGAGAGGAUGAUUGACAAACUCUUGGAAUUCUCUCCCCUGAAGUCAGAACCCCAGAGUAUAGUUAUUUUUUUAAUUGUCUUUGGUGAGAAGUUUAUAACCUGCUCACGGAUUGGUUUUCCAGGAGUUGUCCGAGGAGCCACCGGAAGGAGCGGUGGGGCUGGGGGCUCCGCUCUCGCGGUCACUUGGCCGGAAACCCCUGCGCCUUCAAGGAGUCGGAGGGGCAUUCUCUUCAUGCUGCAGAUUUUAUUUCCGCUGCUAAUUACGCUUUUAUGCAUUUCAUUAUCAGGGUCCAAAACGAACAACCGACUCUGGGGGGAGCGUGCAAUAUCGCGAGGCUACGAUUGUACAGACCGAGACGGGAGAAUUGGGGUGACAGACCCCACCCCUCUGGGCCAGGACCUGAUGGGUCCUGAGCGUUUGGCUUUUGUUCAAGGAAAAUGAGAUGUCCAGGUCAGCGUUUUUAAAGCCUUUUUCGUUUUUUUUUAAAACACUGUAUAUGUAUAUAAAUAGGAUACAAAUACACACUACUUAUUUUUUAUAUUUUUUACUACACUUUUGUGUUUCUGGUUUCAAUUUCCCCCUCUGGUAGUGUUCAGAUACGUUCUCGUGAGCACCUGUUCCGUGUUCAGGGGGGCCGCGGGGUGCCUUCCCCUCAGAGCACCGGGGGGCAGAGGCGGCAGCGUACCUAGGUAAACUCACAGAGGGGCUCCGUCAGUCCAAAAGCCUCUUUGGAAUUCAGAAGGAAAAGUGUUCUGUGUGGCCAGGUCCCCUCCCUUUGCCUCAUCCAGGUGCCUUCAGAUUCCUUUGGCUUCUUACAACCUGCAGUAUUAAACAGAGCUCACUAGGGAAGGGAGAAGAAAGGCAGCAGUUUUGAAAAGCCAAAGACUGACCGAGUUACUGAGGGUCACGAGGACGGAUGAGUGGCCGCUGACACCAGUGGUGCCGUGACCCUGGCUGACUCAGAUCUGCACGCCUGUGUCUCUCCUAUCGGCCAAGUUUGCUGCUACUGUUAACCGCGGCUGCUGUGUGGCUGCGUCAAAGGUUCAGGGCCAAGGACCAGCCCUUGUGGAUGGCCCUGGUGCCCGGCCACAGAGAAAACACCAAAGUCUCCCACUAACUUACAAAGACGUUCCCAGAACUGGAGAGAGACCCUCCACCCUCCUGGGCAGCCCGGCCCCAUGCCUUCCUUCUUUCAGAGGUAGCACAACUGAUUCCAACACAGAACAUUGUUCUCCUUUUUUAAAAAUAAUUUCUCUUCCCGUGCCGGAGAUCAAAGGCCUCAGAAACCGUUGUGUGUUUCCUCUUUCAAGCAACAACAAGCACUUUACUUUCAUAGUAUUUUUGUUUUGUUUUGUUUCUUAUUGCUGUAGAACCUCUUGGAGGACAGGAGCGCCGUGUUUUCGUUUCUUGGUUUUUUUUUUUUU